CAUGUUUCCAUUAGCUUCUUUUAUUUUUGAUAGACAAAAGUUCCAUAAGUUGCUGUACCUUGUUAUCAACAUAUGGAUUACUUGUUUUGUUUCACUGAUUCUUUAGAAAGGAUUACAUGGAACCAAGAUAGCUACUUUUGUUUCUCCCUAAAAACAGGAGGAAAACCUAUCCGGUAUUUUAGAUUUUUUUUUUUAAAUAGUAAUAUAUAGGUAGUCGAGCAUGAAACCUGAGUAAAUAAUGAGUACUUUUAUUUGUUCCCAAUAUUCGACUAGUUGAUCUUUCAUAUUUGGUUCAGAGGAAUGUCCUAUCAUCAUAUGAUGUCAAGACCAAAACAGUCGCAGUAGCUGCAGGAAUAGUUCCCAACAACCAAACAAAUGAUUUAUCCUGUUGAGUGCUCUUCCUGCAUGCAUGGAGCCUCUCUGAUGUUUGCGAGAUUAAAGAUGACCUUGCAGCAACCAUUAGCAGAGAACAAUAACCGAACCGAAUGGAAAAGAGGUUGCUUUUGCUCCUUUCUACCGACCUUCAAGCUCCAUACAUGGGUCUUAAUGCUGCAGAGCAGCAAGAUGAAUGAGAAUGGUCAUCAUUCUGUUUUGACCUACUACCAGAUAAUUGUGUAUAUUGUUACGAUGUUUGUUUACUAAUUAUUGGCUGUUAACAACACUUACCUAGUAAAUUUUGCUCAUUAAUUUUUUUUUUCUCUUCCUUUUUUCUAGUUUUUAUCAGUAUAUGUAUAACUUAUUUGAUCGUAUAAGAUUGUUGUUUUUUUAGUUUAGACUGCUGAAAAAAAUGCUGGUUUUUAG